CGGCGCGCCGACCAGUCUUACCGCUGCGUCCACCACCGUCGCAACUUUUCUUCCACGUCCGUCAGUCUCUCGCAAAAUCGUCGUCCUCGUCGUCGCCACCGCCCCCGUCGCUGUUGCGUUUUUCUUUGCCGUCCGAAUUUCCAUUCAGCUUUCCGUCGACACUGUUGAAUUUUUGGAUUACGAAGAAUCUAAAAUGAUAGUGAACAUCUUUGUCUCUCUAUAAUUGUUUUUCGUGUAUCCGUGUAUAUUGUACAAAUUCGAUGGGAAACGCGGGGACGACCAGAAGGGGAUCAAUAUUCUCCAAGCAAGACUCUACGGGCGAAGAUGGCUCAACACGACACAACAAACGGCUUUCGAGCAGGCAAAAUACUUUUCUGGAAGAAGAAGAAUUUCCGCCAGAACCACCGGCUAUGCCUCCACCGGAACCGCUGACUAUGCGGCAAAAAGAGUUGCUCACUGAAAUGUGGAAAUUGUUAGAGGAGGAUAUCGCAAAAGUCGGUGUCAUCACAUUCGUAAGCCUCUUUGAAACACAUCCAGAUGUUCAACAAUCCUUUAUGCCAUUCAAAGGAGUUGAUCUAGAGGACCUGAAACACAGCAGACAGCUGAGAGAUCAUGCUUUAAGAGUUAUGGCGUUCGUGCAAAAAGCUGUCGCACGUUUAUAUGAACCCGAUAAAUUGGAAACUCUAUUAAGAGACUUGGGCAAGAAACACUAUCAUUAUGGCGCCAAACAAAAAUACGUAGACUUGAUCGGACCUCAAUUUAUUAUGGCUAUACAACCGUCGCUAGUCGACCGAUGGACUGAGGAGAUGCACUCGGCGUGGACAGCAUUGUUUUUGAACAUGGCGUACAUUAUGAAAGGUUCGAUGGCGGCCGAAGAAAGGUUCAAAGUAAAGAAAACUGCCACUUAAACGACCAGUCCCCAUUUGUACACACCAAUGAUUAUGAUUUUUAUUUUGUGAAUUAAUAAUUUUGUUCUAUUUUUAUUUUAUAUAACGAUACAACGUUUAUCUAUUCAAUACUGCAAUUGGACUUAGACAAGAUUAUUAUUAUUAUUAUUCGCAACAUAAGUUUUGUUAGACAUUUAUAUUACAUUAUAUUAUUAUAUUAUAGAAAUCGCACGAUAUUUUCUUCGUUUAAGUCGUCAAUAUCCUACAAAACAGCGGCAUUGUUUGUACAGCAAAUAAUAGUUAAAUUCAAAUAUAUAUAUAACAUAUAAAUAUAAUAUUUAUUAUAUUAUAAUAUAUAUAUUUAAUAGUUAUGAUAAUAAUAUUGUAACGAUGUAGGUUUAUUAUUGCAUUAAUGUGAACGGUUAUGACCAUGUUAUUAUACUGCUUGGACUUAAAAUAAAA